AGCCCGGCAACGAUUUAGAAUUGGAAAGUUCAUUUAAUCAUUUACGGUUCAUUUUAACAAAUUAUCAGAAUCGGGAAGAAUUAUCAUGAGUUUUAGUGAUGUAUAUCAAUGUGGUGUUUGUCUGAAACAUGAGUCAGUCGGUCUAGUAAGCCUAACAGGACAAGAAAGAGUUCUAGCACUUAAAUUACUAGAAAGCGAUAAAAGAUAUGUAAGUUUACAUGCAACUAAUAUUCAUGGUAUGUGAAGUGCGCGAAUUUUUUAUUUUUAUUUUUUCAAUUUUGGUGUAAUACGAAAGUGUUUGUGUUUGGAUUCAGUUCUUGUGGUUUUAACUCAAGGUUUCAAGUGCGCUCAAAUAUUUUGGAUUUUAAACAUCUUCUACCAAGUAUUGUUGCUCACGGCGCCACUAGAAGCUUGCCAACAGUGUUACACAAAAAUAAAAUACCCUCAGUACUAUUUAUUAUACGGAAUAACCACCAUCGAGGAAUAUCCUUCAACCAUGCAUUACCCAGGCUUUCCACCGUUGCCUAGAGAACAACAAUACGAAGACGAACCGUUCAACCCUUCAACUUUGGACUAUGCGACAACUUUUCCACCUGUAACUGUUGAAGAGCAGUUCCAAAAGCCAUAUUACGAAUACCCCUAUCAGGCUCAACCCAUGUAUUCGAUUGCUCCUCAGCCUUUACCAGAAAUACCUCAGCCUUUGGAUCCUUGUUUAGAUAUAGAACCCUGUACGGAUGACUACAAUUGUAAAUGUGACAGCUGUCAAAAUAAGUAUGGAAGUCUGCCGAUACUGCUACAAGGUAUUGAACAAAAAAGCUUUGGAGUAAAAUCCGAACCGGAACCGUCCACAUCUAGUCACUCUCACACUCCCAGACGGAUCCUAACCUGCGAAUACUGCAAGAAGACGUUCACGCACAAGGGAGACUUCAAGAAGCAUCUGAGAAAGCACACCAAAGAGAAGCCGUUUCCGUGUCGCUACUGCAACAAGUGUUUCGGCAACACCUCAAACCUGCUCAGACAUCAAAAGCUGCACACGGGAGAGAAGCCUUUCGCGUGCGAACAUUGUGAUAAGAAAUUUAGCAGGAAAGAUAAAUUGGAUUGCCAUAGGAGAAGUAGGACUUGCCAGGAGGCCAGUACGUCUAGAAGUUAUCAAUAGCUGUAUCUUUUUUAGGAGAAUUUUAUAUUGUUUUUAUCGUACUUUUAUAUUAAGAAUGCAAUGACUUCGAAUAAUGAGAUGUCCAAUGACAUUUUUUAUUAAAUAUGUGUAAUCACCGUCCUUAAUAUAUAUAAUAAUUUAAAUAUUUUAAAUAUAUUUCUUUCUGGAAUUCGACAAGGUUUUUAAUAUGAUACUCUAUGGGUAUUUGUGGCCAUUACUGUGCAAUUUCAUAGUAAAACUAUUUCUCAAGAAAAACACUUUGAAGGCUUUGAAACACCAUGAAGUCGUAAUUUGUCUAGACUUGGUCUUUUGAAUCCUCAAAUUUUAGGUCCUGUAUAUCCGUGUACACUGAAUGAUACACAAAGAGAUGCAAAGAAAUUGCCUGCGCAUACAUAUUUUUCACUAGUAAAUUUACUAGGAAAUUAGAGAUAUAUGUGUCAUAGUGGCUCCAAAUAAAAGUGCUUUUUGGCAUAUUAUUCUGCUUUAAUAUAGUUAAUUUUUGGUCUAUUUUUUAGUCGGGAUGAUUGUGUAAAUAUCACAUAUAAUAAACCGUUCGGUCCAAACAGAAAAGCUUGAUAUUUCUCUCAGGCAGUCCCUUCUCAAUGACGUCUUCCAAGAUAAUAAAUCAAAAUAUCAAAAGUUCCAAAUUAAACAGUUAUCCCCUUAGUAAUAAUCACUUGCAUUCGUUAAUAAGUUCCUCUUAUGAUGAUAAGUUAGUGAUCUCAUUUUAUGGUAGUUCUGAGAUUAAAAAUAAAUUCUUUAUGUAUUUUAGUAAUAUGAUGCUUACGUACAUUUAAAAGAAUUAAUUUUUAUUAUAAAAUCGUUAAAAUAUUGUUAGUUAUUACGUACUGUAUGGCUGUUAUUUUCCGUAGGUCUGUUAUUAAAUUUUAGUUGAUUUUUAAAUGGAUAUUUUUAAAUAAUAUUUAUUUAUUUUAUACAUGUAUUUAUAAAUAAAGUUUUUACCAUUAAACAUUUAUCAUUUU